GGUUAAAUUUGAAGAAAAAUAGGUGUUGUAAAACUUUGGAAUGGAACUGUAACUUUGUCUUGGUUUAUCUAAUUUAUCCAGCUUGAACCCUGUGCCACAGUUCCGCCACGAGACCUCUGGCGAACUGACCCUCAAGGCCUCCGCCGAGGCGAUCCAGGUCGCCAAGGCAUACGGCCUGAGCGGCCCUGUGCCGUUCAAGGUCAAGUCGGCCGAGAUGGUCAGGGAGCAGGCCAGGAGACGGGUGCGGGCAGCAGGUGGUGACCCCGGGGACUCCAAGCUGGUGCGCAGCGCCAGCGAGCUCCAGUUUGGACAAUACCGGGGUCAGACUUUUAAAUGGUUGCUGACCCAUGACCUCGGCUAUGCCGUCAUGGUGUUGGCAACCCACCUGAGGGAGCGCAAAGAUGGCCAGGUGUCGGAUAGCCCGCUGGCGAGCAAUAAAAACGCCCUGGAGUCCUACGCCUGGCUCUUCCCCGACGUGAAGAAGGCCAUCCGUCGUCGCCAGGAGAGAGACGGGUCGGCCAGGACUCUGGACGAGGGCAAGAGGCUCGUCGGCUUCGGCCAACAUGGACACCUGACGUUUGAGGCCCUUUACGAUACAGAAGAUCGGGAGGCCAAGAGUUACAUCAAAUGGCUCCGGCGCCAGACCACCAAAGUCGGGACCAAGAUGCAUGCACUCCAGCUGUAUGUGCAGCGGAGAGACGAGGCGAAGGCGGCAGCAACCUCCUCCCUUCCCAAAACCACCACUGUUGCCCCCACCGCCUCUCUCUCUGCAGCAGCCUCCGUCAUCGAGAUUCCCGAUGAUGUGCUGCUGUCGGCCAGCAUGGAGUUGGAGGCUGCAUCUACCUCCCAGUCUGCAACCAGUGGAGGGCCCUUGCCAUCCCAGCGCUCCCAACCGACGGCUGAUCCGGGAAAGCAGCCUUCGCAAACGCUGUCCGUAGCCAGGAGAGAGGUGAGUUAAAAGGAUGUGUUUGUUUGAAUUGCAUUGCCGGGAAAGAAACAGGCCCUGUCUGAUCGCUUUUGUUUGUUUUUCUGUUGCUCAUGCUGUCUGUCUGUCUGUCUCUCUCUCUCACACACACACACACACACACACACAGCUACUUUUUCCCAAGAGCUGGAGGACUUCACUACCAAAGGAACAGCACGCGUGGUUAAGUCGGGUCCUUUUCACCAGGGGCAAGGACGGAAAGCCUGUGCUGACCUCCAACCUUCACCUUUGGUGGCACCCUCCCGGCCCCCGCAACGU